GUCCCUCGGACACAGCGGAUCACCGAUCACGGAAAGAGCCGAAGAUGCCGGCUCGGACAUGUGAUCAGCUGUGUCCAAUCACAGCUUAUCACUGAUCAUCAGGGCACUGAUGAUCAGUGUAGCCCCAGCAGUGCCACCUGUCAGUGUCCAUCAGUGCCUUAUGUCAGUGCUCAUCAGUGCCUCGUGCCAGUGCCCAUCAGUGCCACAUAUCAGUGCCUACCAGUGCACAUCAUGCCACAUAUCAGUGCCCAUCUGAGCUGCCUUUAAGUGUCACCCAUCAGUGCCAGUCAGUGCCACCUAUCAAUGCCAAUCAGUGCCACCUAUCAGUGCCAGUCAGUGCUGCCUAUCAGUGCACAUCAGUG